AUGACGAAAGACGCUCUCUCUUUCCCGUAUCUACUGCGAGAAUGAAGACCAUUCUCAGCAAUCAGACUGUCGACAUUCCAGAAAAUGUCGACAUUACUCUGAAGGGACGCACAGUUAUUGUGAAGGGCCCAAGAGGAACCCUCCGGAGGGAUUUCAAUCAUAUCAAUGUGGAACUCAGCCUCCUUGGAAAGAAAAAGAAGAGGCUACGGGUUGACAAAUGGUGGGGAAAUAGAAAGGAACUGGCCACUGUUCGCACCAUCUGUAGUCAUGUACAGAACAUGAUCAAGGGUGUUACACUGGGCUUCCGUUACAAGAUGAGGUCUGUGUAUGCUCACUUCCCCAUCAACGUUGUUAUUCAGGAGAAUGGGUCUCUUGUUGAAAUCCGAAAUUUCUUGGGUGAAAAAUACAUCCGCAGGGUUCGGAUGAGGACAGGUGUUGCUUGUUCAGUGUCUCAAGCUCAGAAAGAUGAAUUAAUCCUUGAAGGAAAUGAUAUUGAACUUGUUUCAAAUUCAGCCGCUUUGAUUCAGCAAGCCACAACAGUGAAAAACAAGGAUAUCAGAAAAUUUUUGGAUGGUAUUUAUGUUUCUGAAAAAGGAACAGUUCAGCAGGCUGAUGAAUAAGAUCUAAGAAUUGUCCAGUCACAGAAACACGUCCUGGAGUCAAUUUGAUAUUUUCACUGAUGCAAUAAAAGAUCUCUAUUGACUUUGGACUUAAUCCUUUCCAACGGGUUGAAUAAACUUUAGUGUCCUUUCAAAGGAACAGAACAGAAA